AUGAUCAGCUCGCCAGUGGCUUCUGGAAGUCGUGAGAGUCCUACAGCCCCGGACAGCGGAGACAGCUCGGGGAGACGAAGCGGAGGAGCCCCCCAGGUUCCCCAGUAUCACAGAGCCUUCAUCCACCCCGUACCCCCCAGCGAUCCCCUCCGCCAGGCCGGACGACUGCCCAUCAAAGUGCUGAAGAUGCUGACAGCCCGGAGCGGACACAUUCUGCACCCCGAAUACCUGCAACCCCUGCCCUCCACCCCGGUCAGCCCCAUCGAGUUGGAUGCCAAGAAGAGCCCCCUGGCCCUGCUGGCCCAGACCUGCUCUCAGAUUGGGAAGCCAGACCCGGCCCCUUCCAAGCUGUCGUCGGUGACCGGCUCCUCCAGCGGGUCUGAUAAGGAGUCCAAGUCCGGUCCGCUGAAGCUGAGUGACAUCGGGGCGGAGGACAAGUCGAGCUUCAAGCCGUACUCCAAGCAUCCGGACAAGAAGGAGUCCAGCUCGGGCGAUAAGUCUGGAUUCCGGGUGCCCAGCGCCGCCUGCCCACCCUUCACCCCCCGGACUGGAAGCCCCAGCUCCCCCCGCACCCCGCCACCACCAUCCUCUGAGUCCAAAUCCUCGGGGGAGUGCUCGGAGAAGAAGGACGCGGAGCAAUGUGCGAAGAGCUCCUCGUCUGAUGGCGGAUCCCACGGGAGGCUGAGCGUGGAGCUCCAGCAGACUCACUCGGAGGGGGCCUCAGGCUGUAAGAACCUUUCCGCUGCUCCUUCCCCCACUCCGGUCUCCUCGUCCUCCAGCUCCUCUGGCUCCGUGUUGGGAUCCGGUCUGGUGGCCCCGGUGUCCCCCUACAAGCCAGGCCACACGGUCUUUCCUCUGCCUCCGGCUGCCAUGUCCUACCCUGGCACCCUAGCCGGAGCCUAUGCCGGCUACCCUCCACAGUUCCUGGCACAUGGAGUCUCCUUGGACCCCACCAAGGGGAACUCUUUGGUGGGAGCCCAGGCUGCCUCCAGCCCCCUCACAGGGGCCUCUCCACCCUCUGUAAUGACUGCCAGCCUGUGUAGAGACCCCCCUACUGCCUCAGCUACCACUGCGCCUCCCAGUUGGGUGCCAGCGCCACUUGUGCACAUGACCUCAAAUCUGGAUACCCCCUGGUGUACCCCAGUCAUGCCCUCCAUGGGGUCUCACCACCUUCUCUACCCGGGCACCCCCUCUACCCCUAUGGUUUCAUGCUUCCCAACGACCCCUUGCCCCAUGUAUGCAACUGGGUUUCAGCCACAGGCCCUUGUGACAAGCGCUUCUCCUCCUCCGAGGAACUGCUGGGCCACCUGCGGACACACACAGCCUUCCCAGGCUCCGCGGACAAACUGUUGCCUGGAUACCCGAGCUCCUCGUCCCUGGCCGCCGCUGCCAUGGCUUGCCAUAUGCACAUGCCACCCACAGGGGCCUCCCCCAGCCAUCUGA